GCCGAACCUACAGUCUGGUGUACACUCACGAUGGCUUUCCAGCAGCAAGGCCAAGCGCCCGGCCCACCUUUCGAUCCUGCUAGUUUGUGGGCAGCAAGAGCAGCUCAUUGGGCUCAACAGAGAUACACUGGCACGCCAUUACAGCCGUCUCCGCCCUUUCCCUUACUAUCUCUUGCGUCAGUUAGUCAACCAAGAGGAUCUGGCACCUUCCAGAUGCCUCCAGUCAGACCCCUGAUGGAAACUCCUCGGGGUGUGUAUCCUUCGGGGCAAGUUCCUCCGGCUCCUGCUCGUCCUCCUGUCAGACAUUUGUUGUCCAGUGCUCUCUCGACACUAGAGCCUUGGUCUGAGAAUAGACCUAUGAGAGGAUCUGGAGGAAUGGAGGAGUACAGGGAAGCAGUUGGUCUGCAUGAGCAGUUGCAGGAUGGACGUGCAGAUUAUAAUUAUGGUGUUGGUCAACAAAUGAUGUUUGCGGGUCAGCCGAAGAACGUGCCUAAUUUGGCUGGUUUAUCUCAUGCAGGGUCGUUUGAGAGACCUGGUGUUGUGUCUCAUCAGUUGAAUUUUGAGAGACCUGGCGUUAUGUCUCAUUCGUUGAAUUUUGAGGGACCUGGUGUUGUGUCUCAUCUACCGAAUUUUGACAGGCCGGAUGUUGUAACUCACACGCCGAAUUUCAACACACCUGUUGUUGUGACCCAUCCGCCAAAUUUCGGUGUACGAGGUGAACACACAGAUUUGUGGAAUGUUGGAGACAGGAGGACCAGCGGGAUGAACAAUCCCGUGUUUGGAUCAGCUCUAGAACAUCAGUCUCCCGCAUUGGCAACUUCCAAACCAGUGCCUUUGUUUCAGACUGCAAGUGUGACACCAUCAGGUGCCGACUUGGCGAAAAAGAGACUUCCAGCUUGGAUUCGUGAUGGACUCGCUAAGGCAGGGCAUGACUUGCAGAAAAAGAUGUAUGAGGGUUUGGUUAAUAAGCAUCAGUCUGCUGUUCAAGAUGUUCACGAUCAAGAAGAUCACUCAGUUAUUGAAAUGGAAGUAGUCAAGGAAGUAAGAGUGGAUGACAUCGGAGCAAGGCGAAUAUCAGGAUAUGAACAGACAGUGUCGAGAUCUCCUUCGCCACCAACAGACAAGGAAGCGGAAGACCAUGAUCAGAAUGGCUCUGAAUCUGACAGUGACUCUGAUGCUGACUUUAUUGCCAAAGUGCGUGUGCUGUUGACCGAGAUUCUAUUAGAGAUAACAGACAAGGAAGUGAAAUCAGUUGCUGAAGAAAUUGUAGGUGCAGAGCAGCCAGGAGUGUAUUUGGAGAGAGAACGGACAGCAAGAGGAGCUUAUGGUGGUACAGGUCUUAGUGUUAGUCGGCUGUCGGCAUCACAUGAAUCUAAUUCAGGUGAUGAGACAAGUACAGCACAUAGGUCAUUGUCAACCAGUGCAAUGGCUGAUUUGACAAACUAUGGAAGUUCCUCAGAAGAAGAGGAGGAGAACGGGAAUGAAAAGGAGGCAAGGAAGGGAGUAGCAACUAAGAAGUCACCCCAACAGGGGACUGUUACUUGCAAAGAAAGCAAGGCAAUUGGAGAUGAAACAGAGAAGCGAAAGCAUCAUGAAGCAGAGAAAUCAAAAUCAAAAUCUCCUGACGCAAUGCAGCAUUCAGAAGUGCGUCAUCAUCAUCAUCAUCGUCAUAGCAGCAAGGGGCAUAAGUCAAAGUCACCUCCAGCUAAAAAGAGAAGAAGCAAAAGUCGAAGCAGGUCACCGGUAAGGCACAAGAAAAAGCAUGUUCGAAGUCCACGUCGAGGGCACAGGAGUCACUCACCGAGUCGAAAACAGUCGAAAGCUGUUUCUCCUCAACAUCGACACAGAAGCAAAGGCAAAAGCAAGAGCAAGAGCAAGAGUAGAAGUAGAUCUCCUAAAAGAAGUCACAACAGAAAACGAAGCAGAAGGUCAUGAUGUACACAAUUGGUAGGCGUGCUAUGAGCUCCCUGGUUGAUGUAGAUGAAAGAGGCUCUCAAGGUGGCUUGAACAUACAAAUGUUUGACUUUUACAUGCAUGCAAUUACUGUACAUAUUAACUUAAGUUUGUAGCCACAUCUACGCUCAUGUUGCCUGCAAGAAAUUGAAAUGAGAUUCUAUAGACUUACGAAUAGUCAAACAAAA